CGAUAUCUCGCAAACUCGAUGAACCUUCUCCACCACCUCCGCCUCUGUGACCGCCAACUUAUUUUUAUUUUGUUUUAAAAAUAAAAUUAAAAAAUAAAUUCUUUUUAUUUAAAUAUAUAAAUAUUUUAUCUUUUAAUUUUAAUUUUAAUUUUCCAUCAUCAUUUACUGUACUUGUACUUUUAUUUCAAAACUUCUUUGUAAAACCCUAAUCAUCGAUCCUCUUCCCUCUGUCUCUAUACAUUCGAAAACUUUUAAUUUUUUCCCUCUCUUAACUACUCCUAUUUCUUCAAUAUACCGUCGAUUUCAGUCUUCGUGCAAGAUCUGUAACCUUUGUUGACGCACGGUCUUUCUUUAGGGUUUUUAUUUUUGGGGUUUCCGGUAAAUGCUGGCUGGUAAUCGGGUCAAUUAAAUGGCGGAUCCGCCACGUGUCCGCCAGCCCUACACCAUUGACGGCAAUAAUAGGAAUAGAACAGCGGUAAUAGCGAAGAGAGGUGUUGUUAGAUUGGAAGAUUUGAUAGGAAGACAGAGCGGCGACGAAAGUGAAGAGUGAAAGCAUGCUGAGCGUGCUACGUGUGCACCUUCCUUCGGAUAUUCCAAUUGUUGGCUGUGAACUCACGCCGUACGUGCUUUUGCGGCGCGCGGACAAGAGCGUCAUCACCGAUGACGUGUCGGAAUCCGCCCCUAUUGAUGGUCAUUUCUUGAGAUACAAGUGGUACCGUAUACAGAGUGAUAAAAAAGUUGCUGUAUGUAGCGUACAUCCCGCUGAGCAGGCCACACUGCAAUGUGUAGCUUGUGUUAAGGCUAAAAUACCUGUUGCUAAGAGUUACCACUGUUCUCCCAAGUGCUUCUCUGAUGCAUGGCAACACCAUCGUGUUCUGCAUGACCGUGCUGCAAGUUCUGUAAAUGAAAAUGGAAAUGAAGAGGAAGAGUUAUUUGGGCGCUUCAGUAGCACAGGCUCUGGAGUUAUUAAUGCUAGCUUGUCUAGCUCUGCAUCAAGUACUAGUUUGACCAAUGUUUCAACACCUUUAUAUCCUGCAACAAUAACACAGAGGAGUGGUGGUGAAACUUGGUUUGAAGUAGGACGAUCUAAGACAUACACUCCAACAGCCGACGAUGUCGGUCAUGUUCUCAAGUUUGAGUGUGUUGUGGUAGAUGCUGAGACUAAACUAGUUGUCGGACCUGGCAGCACUCUGUUGACUUCACGUGUUAUUCCUGCCCCCUCUCCUAGUCCUCGUCGCUUGAUCCCAGUCAAUGGAGCAGAUAUGAUGGGGCAUCUGGAUUCAGAUGGCCAUAUUUCAUCUUCUGGGACCUUUGCAGUACUCUCAUACAACAUUUUGUCUGAUGCAUAUGCCACAAGUGAAUCAUAUAGUUAUUGCCCAUCCUGGGCUCUUUCCUGGCCUUAUCGCAGACAGAAUUUGUUGCGGGAAAUUGUGGGCUAUCGUGCUGAUAUUGUGUGUCUUCAGGAGGUUCAAAAUGAUCACUUUGAUGAAUUUUUCGCCCCUGAGCUGGAUAAGCAUGGAUAUCAAGCUCUCUAUAAGAGAAAAACAAAUGAGGUUUACAAUGGAAAUACCCAUACUAUUGAUGGUUGUGCAACUUUCUUUCGCAGAGAUAGAUUUUCACAUGUCAAAAAAUAUGAGGUUGAGUUUAAUAAGGCUGCUCAGUCAUUGACUGAUGCUAUACUUCCAACUGCUCAGAAGAAGAAUGCUUUGAAUCGAUUGGUUAAGGAUAAUGUUGCAUUAAUAGUGGUUUUGGAAGCAAAAUUCAAUAACCAAGGAGCUGAUAAUCCUGGGAAACGGCAACUUCUCUGUGUGGCAAAUACACAUGUAAAUGUUCACCAAGAUCUAAAGGAUGUCAAGCUUUGGCAGGUUCAUACUCUUUUAAAAGGUUUGGAGAAAAUAGCUGCCAGUGCGGACAUUCCAAUGUUGGUGUGUGGAGAUUUUAAUUCUGCCCCUGGAAGUGCUCCCCAUGCACUUCUGGCCAUGGGAAAGGUCGAUCCACUGCAUCCGGACCUGGCAGUAGAUCCUCUUACUAUCUUGCGUCCUCACAUGAAGUUGAAUCAUCAACUGCCUUUGGUCAGUGCUUAUUCCUCAUUCGCAAGAAUGGUUGUUGGACUUGGUAUGGAGCAGCAGAGGAGAAGAAUGGACCCUUCCACCAAUGAACCCUUAUUUACACAUUUCACGAGAGAUUUUAUUGGCACACUAGAUUACAUAUUUUACACUGCUGACUCUUUAACGGUGGAGUCCUUGUUAGAGCUCUUGGAUGAAGAUAGCUUGAGAAAAGACACAGCCCUUCCUUCUCCAGAGUGGUCCUCCGAUCAUAUAGCGCUCUUAGCUGAAUUUCGCUGCAAGCCUAGACCUAGACGUUGACACUCUUGGGUGUUUGGAGAUGCAAAAAGAUAAUGUGGACAGAGAAGCUAAUGAUGGAUAGAGCGACCCCUGUAGAUCUUGCAAGAUUUGUAAGAAUUGUAGAAUUGUAGAUCUUGCACAUCAUACCCCUCAAAUGAUCUGCGAUGUAUUAAGCCACCUUUGGUCUCAUAGAAAAUGAUUCUAUAAAGUUUUUCAUUCAAUCUCAUCGUGUCAGCUUUGUCCUCUCUUGGUAACCAAUAGAAAAUGUUCAAAGUAGUCAACCAUCUUUGUAUUUUAAUUGUUCCUGGAAAGGAAAAGUGGUUAGCGGCAUUGAUCUAGGGUUCUAUGUUCCCUUGGAUUUUGGUGCAAUGCAUUUCCUUGUGGUUGGUAAAUCGAAUAAGAAUUUUUAUCUUUUUUCAGUUCUA